GGGGCUGGACGAGCCGGGGCAGGAGUCCGGGAUCGAGCCGACAGCCGAACUCGGAUCCUGGGUCGAGGCGACGUUGGGGCCCGGGCCCGGCCAAUACCCCUGAACCUUGUUCCUUGGAGUGGACUUGGCUUUCGCCGUCCUUUGCGGCGCUCGCGUUUCCUCCAGUAAAAGAUCAGCGUGUUGUGGAAAUAGCGCCGUGGCCGUGUUGAGCUCUCGCACUGAGACCCGGGGGAGGUCCGGGAUGCGGCCCGUGACGCCCCAUCGCUCCCUUCCCAAGAGCCCCCUUGAGGACUGGGUGGCAGCAAAACUUCUGCCACUCCCCAAACACCAGAAUCACCAAGGAUGGAAGCUGCAGGGAUGGCAAGUUCCCGAUACCCGGUGUCAGUAAGGGCGGCAGCCCUGGUGCAGAUGGAGCGGCCUCAGACAUUCGCCUUCUCUGUGCACUGGUCGGAUGGCAGCGACACCUUUGUGUGCAGGAACUGGGAUGCCUUCAGGCAGCUUCAGAAGACCCUCAAGACAACCUUUCCCGUGGAGGCAGGUCUGCUGCGGAGAUCUGAUCGCCUUCUCCCCAAGCUUCCAGAUGCACCACUGUUUUCCCGUGGAGGGCGCACGGGCCAUGGGCUUGCACGCCUCCGGCUGCUGGAGACCUAUGCGCAGGCGCUGCUGGCCACUGUGGAUCGAGUGUCACGAAGCCCAGUGCUCACAGGCUUCUUUGAGCCACGAGCCGGGGACUUGGAAUCUGCACUGCCUCCUGGCAGCACAGUGAUCCUGCCUGUCCCGGAGAUGCCCUCACCCCACCCAGUGCACAGCCUUGACAUCCACAGCCUGGAGGCUCAGAGCCUCUGCUGCGUGCACGCCUUCCACACUCAGGACACACAGGGCAGGCCCUUCCAUGCAGAGGCUCAGGAAAGCCUAGACGUGCUGCUACGACACCCCUCAGGCUGGUGGCUAGUGCAGAACGAAGGCGAGCAGAAAGCCUGGUUUCCAGCUCCCUAUCUGGAGGAGGUGGGCCUGACACAGGGAAGCAGAGGGACCCAGUUCUGUGUUUCCCGUGCCUACAAGGGCAGCCGUGCUGAUGAGCUGUCAGUGCCAGCAGGGGCCCGUGUGCAGGUGUUGGAAACCUCGGACCGAGGAUGGUGGCUGUGCAGGUACGGUGACAGGACUGGUCUGCUCCCUUCAGUGCUGCUGCAACCUGAAAGACUGGGUGCAUUCUUGAGUGGGCCAGCGAUCCUUGGCAGGGAGUACAAGGAGAACAAGGCUACCACCAGUUCGCCUCCUGUGCCUGCUCGUCCCCCACUGAGUGCCAUUCAGAGUCGCUGCUGCACUAUCACACGUAGGGCACUGGCGUGGAACUCAGAGCCUCAGAAUACACCUUGAGGUUGUGCGCUCACUCUGCAGAGAAGGUGGCUGUGUACCCCAACCCCAGGCCAAGCAGAAUGCUCAGGAUCCAGAUCUCAGAUGGCUGCAUCACCCCCAGCCUUGGGAAAAGAAUGGAUGAGUUGGGAGGAGGGGGAAUUCCGAUUUCC